AUGUGUGUUAAUAUUUAUAGCUUCCUUUGUGACCCCGACCACCGUAUCGGCAGCGACGGUGGCCAGCAUGGAGGAGCCUCACAGAUCAAGAACCACCCCUUCUUCCGGGGAGUUGUCUGGGACCAACUGCGGAGCAUUCGCGCUCCCUUCGAGCCCCGCCUCAGCUCCAACAUCGAUGUUUCAUACUUCCCCAUUGAUGAGAUUCCUCAGGAAGAUACCAGCGCCAUCCACCGUGCCCAGGCUCGUGCCAUGCCGGACUCACAGGAAGCCGAGAUGAGUUUGCCAUUCAUUGGUUACACCUACAAGGCUUUCAAUGCCUUCCAAAGUAACUAG